GCUUUCUAAUACUUUCUCUCUGUUUUCUCCGUAGACACAACUGGCGAGGAGAGUAGAGGGCCAUUCUGUACGGGAGAAGAAGUGUUGUACGAAAGCUUCGACAAGGCAUGGAUAAAAACGAUGCUGAGUUCGAUGCGAUAAUCAUGUUCGAGCAAAUUCGCAAAGUAUCAGAAGCCACCUACUUGAAAAACCCCUUAGAUGCCGAUAACUUGAUUAGAUGGGCAGGAGCUCUAAUGGAACUAGCUCAGUUUCAAAACGAAGAUCCAAAGCAAUUUGUUCAAGAGGCAAUUACUAAGCUUGAAGAGGCGUUGUUGAUUGAUCCAAAGAAACACGCUGCGAUGUGGUGCCUCGGUAAUGCAUACACUACGCUUGCGUUUUGGACUCCUGAAGAGACUGAAGCUAAACACAUCUUUGACUUAGCUGCUCUCUUAUUUCAAACUGCUGUCGAUGAGCAACCGGAUAAUGAAACCUACCAGAAAUCACUUGUAAUGACGGCCAAGGCUCCACUACUGCACGCAGAGAUUCACAGGCAAGGCUUUGGCACACAGCCACUGGGUGGCGCCGGUCCAUCAGGACCGUCAAGAUCAAAGGUAGUGAAAAGCAGUGAGUUGAGGUAUGAUGUGAUGGGAUGGGUGAUACUAGCCGUUGGCCUUGUUGCUUUGGUUGGUUACGCCAAAGCUAGUGCACCUAUAUCUGCUCCUCGAUAAGUAUGUUUUCAUCGCACUCAGUUAGGGGAUUUUUUUUUAAUUUUAACAUGGAGUUUUCAGUUUUGAGAUUUUCAUUUAGAUAUUUUUCUUUCUAUUGGAUUUGGCGAAAGACAUGAAUAUGAAUGACAUUGUUGUAACA